GGGGGAGGAGGGAAAGCGGCGAGUAAGAUGGAAGAUGAGGAGGUCGCUGAGAGCUGGGAGGAGGCGGCAGACAGCGGGGAAAUAGACAGACGGUUGGAAAAAAAACUGAAGAUCACACAAAAGGAGAGGAAAUCCAAAUCUCCUCCCAAAGUGCCCAUUGUGAUUCAGGACGAUAGCCUUCCCACGGGCCCCCCCCCACAGAUCCGCAUCCUCAAGAGGCCCACCAGCAACGGAGUGGUCAGCAGCCCCAACUCCACCAGCAGGCCAGCCCUUCCGGUCAAGUCCCUAGCACAGCGGGAGGCAGAGUACGCUGAAGCCCGUAAGCGAAUCCUAGGCAGCGCCAGCCCCGAGGAGGAGCAAGAGAAACCUAUCCUCGACAGGCCAACCAGGAUCUCCCAACCAGAAGACAGCAGGCAGCCCAAUAAUGUGAUAAGACAGCCUUUGGGUCCUGAUGGGUCACAAGGCUUCAAACAGCGCCGAUAAAUGCGAGCAAGAGAGGAUGCCACCGCUGCCACCGUUAUCGCCUCCUGGGUCAUCCACCACGGGUUGCACUCCCGUGGCAGACAGCUGGACUUGAGCAGAGGGAAGGACCUGAUUUACUUGCACUGUGAUCCCCUUUGCUCCGCCCACUGUGACCUUGAACCCCAUGCACUGUGACCUCCCUCUUUCCCCCCCUUCCCACUGUGAUUGGCAUGUCUACAAGGGCUGUCCCAAGUCAAUGGAAAGGGAAAGGAUCGGGGUUAGGGGACUUAAGAGUAGAGAGUCAAGACAGUGCCACUUGGCCACUUGGGGUAAAGCCAGUGCCAGCAAUAACAGUUUAUCAUGCUCAUUAAUUUGGGAUUUCAAAACAAAGGAGAACUCCCGUCCACUCACCCCCAAGUGCAUGUCUUCAUCACUUAAAAGCAAGUUCCAUUUGAAAAAUAUCCUUUCUUUUUUUCCCUUCCUAUUUUUGUUUAUACAAAUAUCUGAUUUGCAAGAAAAAGUGCAUGGGAGGGGUUUUAGCAGUUUAAUGAAUUUUUAAUUAAGAAAGGGUAGUUUGGUAGUCUACUUAAAAAAUGUUUCUGGGAAAUUCACUAGAAACAUUAACCAGUAGGUUUUUGGUGAGCUUAGCUUCUGUAUUCCUACUGCCGCCCAGAAAAGGGGCAGGGCUCUGUAGCCCCCAGGACAGAUGAACACCCCAUGCCUAUACCUCCCUCCCCCCGGCUAAGUCCCAGGGCAUCAUGGCCCUGCCUGGAGACUGGGCUAGUUCUAUAGGCUCAGAGAGCCUGGGGAGGGUGCCAACCCCACCUCUAGUAUUUUGGGAGAUGGGGAAAGUAAACAGACUUUCCCUUCCCAUUCCCCUCAGGGUGGUUCCCUACCAGCCAGGCUUGCUACUUCUAGACGAGAGCGGGGAGUGAGGCUGCACUCCUGAGCGUGGAAGGAAGGGAUGCGAGACUUGCUCGCUGUGUUGCUGUCAGCACAGGGAAGCCAGGGGAGAGUCUGGCCCCAGGACCCAGCUUCCUGCCUCAUGUGUCAGGAAGGUGUCAGAAGGGGUCUGUCGAGGGCCGUCUCUGUUGAUGGCACCAGCUGGGUACCUAUAGCUGGUACAUCUCCUUUGUGAAAUCACUAUCGUGGGAGCGACCGUUUGAAUACAUACGGGAAAGGACAAGCUGUGCGUUGCAAAGGUUGGUGAUGACAGACUGGUUCCCUGUAGACCUAGGCUACCCUUCACUCUUUUUCCAGAGCGAGGGCCUGGAAUGAAGGCAGUCUCCCCUCCGUCCCUGGAGCCUAGAGACUUGCUUGGCUCCUUGAGGAGGAAGAGACUGCGAGGGCAGCUGCCCAGAGCAGCUGGGUGUGUGCAGUCUGGCUCCCCGGGCUCUCUCUGCUCUCUUCUUUUGCACUGCGCCUUACCCCUCAGCCAGCCAGCCAGCCAGCCUCCCCACUCAGUGGACGAGCUUGGAGUGGCUGGCGCGACGUUUUUGUGACUAGGGCAGCUUGCAGUGCCCACGGUGACAAACUAGGUCUCGGGGGUUCGCUCCACCUUUGGUUCACCUGGCUCUCGGCCUUGCCCUGCGGGAAGGUAGGCCAGGCUCAGUAAGCCACGUCCCAUCGCGUCUUCCCCUUAGAAGGGCCAGCUGCCCUCUGGAUCAGCAGCUAGUCCGUGGUGCAGCCGUGCCGCGGUGUGAAGCCAGGAAACCGUCUGUGAGGAGUAGCGCUGGAACAGGGCUUGGGUCGGUGAGAGCCCACAGGGUGUUGGGUUACGCCCAGAGCCUGGGGGAAUUUCCCCCAGGAGCGGGUGAGGGAGAAGGUUGGCUGCUGUUUUUAUAGUUCCACUGCCCUGACCAAGUUUCCUCAUGCUAAAUGUCUAGUGUCCAUCCCUCAUGUAAUAGUGGUUUCUGGCCCAAAGUGAGACUGUCCUUUCAGCUGGAGGAAGGUACAGAGGUAGGCCAGGUGGAGGGCCAGAAGUGCUGAUUGCCCAGCCGCUGGGACACGUGUUCUUGCCCUUCUCACCCUCCCCUAGGGGGCCAGAGGGAAGACUGGCUGAUGGGUGUUCGUGGACCGAGGAUGUAGUAGGGACUGGUGCUCCCACCUCCCUCUGGCCAAAGAUGGGGCUCUGCCCGCCGUGUGCCUGUCACCACCCACUAGCAGUCGGAUCCUUGGUUUCCCGGACGGAGAGGUAGCAGGCAGGUUUUUCAUUUUUAAAGAAAUGAAAACAGGAAACUAUUGGGGGAGGUGGGAGGGGAAAUGGGAGAACGGUUUGGAUUUUGUGUGUGUGUGUUGUUUUUUUCUUUUUUUUGGUAGUUGUCUGUAACUUUCCUUAAGUGCUUUUUUUUAAAAAACUUUUUUUUUUUUAAGUAAGCUGCAGGCUUUGGCUUGGAAAACCCCAGGAGGGUGGGGGGCAGAAACUGGAGGCUGCUGCCCCUUUAUCUGCCUUCAUGGUUCUGUCCCCUUCCCCCGGCUCCUCCCUGACCCCAUGAGCCAGGCCUCAGACCUCCCAGCUAACUGCUUCCCAUGAGCCACUACUCUGUUGUCAGCCUAUAACCAAAGGAGCUGGGGGUCCGGGCCUGGUGACCAACCCUUCUCAGCCCACUCAAUCAGGGUGCUCCCCCCCUGCAGGCAGGAGGCAACACCCUAUCUGCUACCAUCAGCCCCUUCCAGAGCCCACUGCCCCGCCCCGCCCUGUCCAGCCCAGCCAUACCCUGCUCCGCCCCAUCUGGGGGUGCUCUGCUCAGGGAUGGGCCGGUAGGGCUGCCCCAGCCUCCCUGGUAAGCAGAGACUCUGGAAACCUCUGGGGUCCUGUUUCCUGGCCACGUGAUCCCAAGGGUGCACGCGGACCCCUUGGGUGUCUGAACAGAAGGGCAUGGGAGGGAGGGCCGCACCCCUGCAGUCCUGCUCUGCUGGUCCAGCGGGCACCUGCCCACCGCACCCCGCACCGCGGGCUCCUGAGUCGGCAGAUUAAGCAUUUUAUAAAUUGUAUUUUAAAUACAUGUUUUAAACUUGUCAAA